CAGCAGGAAGAGCAAUGUUUUGAGGGCACAUGUGCUGAGAGGCCAAGGUAUUUUCAAAGAACCCAAGAGUUGUUGCCUCAUGAGGGACUUGAACCAGAAAUUGGGAAGCAUUUGGGAGUAGAGUGUACUUUUCUCCCAGCUGGUUGUUUUUCCAUAUACAAAAAUCAUUUUAAAAAUACGGAAAAGAAUGGCAGCAGAAACACAGACACUAAACUUUGGGCCUGAAUGGCUCCGUGCUCUGUCCAGUGGUGGGAGUAUCACAUCCCCUCCUCUUUCUCCGGCCCUGCCAAAGUAUAAAUUAGCUGAUUAUCGUUACGGCAGAGAAGAAAUGUUAGCACUUUUCCUUAAAGACUACAAGAUACCUUUUGACCUUCUGGAGAAAGAAUUCCUGCCUAUCCUUCAGGAGGAGCCCCUGCCACCAUUGGCUCUAGUGCCCUUUACAGAAGAAGAACAGAGAAACUUUUCCAUGUCUGUAAAUAGUGCCGCUGUCCUGCGAUUGACAGGACGAGGAGGAGGAGGAACAGUGGUGGGGGCUCCUAGAGGUCGAAGUUCUUCAAGAGGGCGAGGCAGAGGUAGAGGUGAAUGUGGUUUCUACCAAAGAAGUUUUGAUGAAGUAGAGGGUGUGUUCGGGCGAGGAGGUGGCAGGGAAAUGCAUAGAUCACAGAGCUGGGAAGAAAGGGGUGACAGGCGCUUUGAAAAGCCAGGAAGAAAAGAUGUAGGAAGACCAAAUUUUGAGGAAAGUGGACCAACAUCUGUGGGGAGAAAACAUGAAUUCAUACGGUCAGAAAGUGAAAACUGGCGAAUCUUUAGAGAGGAACAAAAUGGAGAAGAUGAAGAUGGAGGUUGGCGAUUAGCUGGAUCAAGAAGGGAUGGAGAAAGGUGGCGGCCUCACAGCCCAGAUGGCCCUCGUUCUACAGGCUGGCGGGAACACAUGGAACGCCGCCGGAGGUUUGAGUUUGAUUUUCGAGAUCGAGAUGAUGAACGGGGUUACCGAAGGGUGCGUUCCGGUAGUGGGAGCAUAGAUGAUGACAGGGAUAGCUUGCCGGAAUGGUGCUUAGAGGACGCUGAGGAAGAAAUGGGCACGUUUGACUCAUCUGGAGCAUUCCUCUCUCUAAAAAAAGUGCAGAAAGAACCUAUUCCUGAAGAGCAGGAAAUGGACUUCAGGCCUGUGGAGGAAGGAGAAGAACGCUCUGACUCUGACAGCAGCCAUAAUGAAGAAGCCAAAGAACCCGAUAAGGCAAAUCGGAAAGAAGGAGAGAAAACAGACAGAGCAGUAACUGAAGCUAAUGAAGAAGCACCCCAAACACCAUUAUCAUCCGCUAGACCAGGUACCCCUUCAGAUCCUCAGCCUCAAGAAGCCCCACAGUUGGAAAGAAAAGAUGAACCCAAAGCUGAACAAAUAGAAAAACCUGAAGAAGAGAGUCAGACAGAAACUAGUCUCCCAGUCAAAGUCCCCAGCAGAGGGGAUGAAACAGUGCCUACCUCCCAGCAACCCUCGACACAGCUUCCUCCAGACACAGCCUCUCCUCUCCUCGUCCUUCCAUCUCCUGUUCCCACUCCUACUUCUGCCUCACGACCAGCUGAGACAGCAGCCAUUGAAGCUCCUGGUAUAGGCGGUGUUUCCACAGAGCCAGAUGAUGAAGAGGGCCUCAAACACUUGGAACAGCAAGCUGAGAAGAUGGUGGCUUAUCUCCAAGACAGCGCACUAGAUGAAGAAAGAUUGACAUCAAAACUGCAAGAGCACAGAGCUAAAGGAGUGUCAAUUCCACUGAUGCACGAGGCGAUGCAAAAGUGGUAUUACAAAGACCCUCAGGGGGAAAUCCAAGGUCCCUUUAACAAUCAGGAGAUGGCUGAAUGGUUUCAGGCGGGCUAUUUUACAAUGUCUUUGCUUGUGAAGAGAGCAUGUGAUGAAAGCUUCCAGCCUCUUGGCGAUAUCAUGAAAAUGUGGGGAAGGGUUCCUUUCUCUCCAGGACCAGCCCCUCCUCCUCAUAUGGGAGAAUUGGACCAGGAACGCCUGACCAGACAGCAGGAACUCACUGCCUUAUACCAGAUGCAACACCUCCAGUACCAGCAGUUCUUAAUACAACAACAAUACGCACAGGUCUUGACUCAGCAGCAGAAAGCAGCUUUGUCGUCUCAGCAGCAGCAGCAAUUGGCUCUUCUCCUCCAGCAGUUCCAAGCUCUCAAGAUGAGAGUAUCUGAUCAGAACAUCAUUCCCUCAGUAACUAGGUCUGUGUCAGUGCCAGAUACUGGCUCUAUCUGGGAGCUUCAGCCAGCAGCCUCACAGCCCGCAGUUUGGGAAGGUGGUAGUGUAUGGGAUCUUCCCCUGGACACCACAACACCAGGUCCUUCCUUGGAACAGCUUCAGCAGCUAGAGAAGGCCAAAGCUGCAAAGCUAGAGCAGGAGAGAAGAGAGGCAGAAAUGAGGGCAAAAAGGGAAGAGGAGGAGCGAAAGAGGCAAGAAGAACUCCGGAGACAACAGGAGGAACUCCUUCGGAGGCAGCAGGAGGAAGAAAGAAAAAGACGGGAAGAAGAGGAGCUGGCUAGAAGGAAGCAGGAGGAGGCUCUUCGGCGCCAGCGGGAGCAAGAGAUUGCACUAAGGCGACAGCGAGAAGAGGAGGAAAGGCAGCAGCAAGAAGAAGCUCUUAGAAGAUUGGAGGAAAGGAGGAGAGAGGAGGAAGAAAGGCGGAAGCAGGAAGAAUUGCUACGCAAGCAGGAAGAGGAGGCUGCCAAAUGGGCCCGGGAAGAGGAGGAAGCACAGCGUCGACUGGAGGAGAACCGGCUGCGCAUGGAAGAGGAGGCAGCCAGACUUCGGCACGAGGAAGAAGAAAGAAAACGGAAGGAGCUGGAGUUGCAGCGACAGAAGGACCUGAUGCGCCAGAGGCAGCAGCAGCAAGAGGCCCUCCGAAGGCUGCAGCAGCAGCAGCAGCAGCAGCAGCUUGCACAGAUGAAGCUUCCCUCUUCCUCAACUUGGGGUCAGCAGUCCAAUACAGCAACAUGUCAGUCCCAGGCCACACUGUCAUUGGCUGAAAUUCAGAAGCUGGAAGAAGAACGAGAACGGCAGCUCCGAGAAGAGCAAAGGCGUCAGCAGAGGGAGUUGAUGAAAGCUCUCCAGCAGCAGCAACAGCAGCAGCAGCAGCAGAAACUCUCAGGUUGGGGAAAUGUGAGCAAACCUGCAGGUACCACCAAGUCUCUUCUGGAGAUCCAGCAGGAAGAGGCCAGGCAGAUGCAGCAGCAGCAGCAGCAACAGCAACAGCAACAGCACCAACAGCACCAGCAAACAAACAGAGCCCGGAACAGCACACAUUCCAACCUGCACACCAGCAUUGGGAAUUCUGUCUGGGGCUCUCUAAACACGGGUCCCCCUAACCAGUGGGCAUCUGAUAUAGUCAGUAGUAUCUGGAGCAAUUCAGACACUAAAAACUCCAACAUGGGGUUUUGGGAUGAUGCAGUGAAAGAGGUGGGACCUAGAAAUUCCACAAAUAAAAAUAAAAACAACACCAGUCUCAGUAAAUCUGUAGGUGUGUCUAACCGGCAGAAUAAGAAAGUAGAAGAAGAAGAAAAGUUGCUGAAGCUCUUUCAGGGAGUAAAUAAAGCCCAGGAUGGAUUUACCCAGUGGUGUGAACAGAUGCUUCAUGCCCUUAAUACGGCAAAUAACUUGGAUGUUCCUACGUUUGUUUCUUUCUUGAAAGAAGUGGAAUCUCCUUAUGAAGUCCAUGAUUAUAUCAGGGCCUAUUUAGGAGAUACUUCUGAGGCCAAGGAGUUUGCCAAGCAGUUCCUUGAGCGCCGUGCCAAACAGAAAGCCAAUCAGCAGCGUCAGCAGCAGCAGCAGCAGCAGCAGCAACAACAACAGCAACAGUUGUGCCGUUUUGUUAUUUCACAGGACUCUGUUUGGGGCAUGAACCAUAGUACACUCCAUUCGGUAUUUCAGACCAAUCAAAGCAACAAUCAACAAUCCAGUUUUGAGGCUGUACAAAGUGGCAAGAAGAAGAAAAAACAGAAGAUGGUUCGAGCAGAUCCUAGUUUAUUAGGAUUUUCAGUCAAUGCGUCAUCAGAGCGACUCAACAUGGGUGAGAUUGAGACUCUGGAUGACUACUGAGUACCUACCGCUGUGCCAGCCUUCCCUCUCCUGCCUAGUGACCAUGGAUUCUCCUCGUCGGAUACAACAUGCAUUCGCCAUUUGCUCUCUGUCACUCUGCAACAAAUCACAGAACCAAUCA